CGUGUGUUAGAAAUUGUGUUAACAAAAUGUUGAAGAAAUUUGUUUGCUUCUUUGUGCUGAUUAGUGUAAUCGCACUCAUCAGCGAAUGGCCAAGCGCCCAUGGAAAUGCUGUAUAUCCAAUAGGGUAUCCUGAAUAUUUCUCAGGAAAUUCGUUCGACUCUGAUAAAGAUUCUUUAAAAGCUGCUGGAGAUUCAUUAGACCCCGCCGUAGAUUCAUUAGACUCUGCUGCAGAUUCAUUAUACCUCGAUGGAGCUUCAUUAGACGCUGCUGAAUAUUCAUUAGACUCUGCUGAAAAUGCAUUAGACUUUGCUGGAGAUCCAUUGGACGCUGCAAAAGACAUAUUAAAUUCUGGUGAAGAUACAACAACCGCUGCUGGAGUCUCAUUAGACCCUGCUGGAGACCCAUUAGACUCUGCUGAAGAUUCAUUAGACUCUAUCGAAUAUUCAUUAGACGCUGCUGGAGAUUCAUUAGACUCUGCUGACGAUGCUGUAGACUCUGCUGGAGAUUCAUUAGACUCUGCUGACGAUGCUGUAGACUCUGCUGGAAAUACAUUAGACUCUGCUGGAGAUCCAUUGGACGCUGCAAAAGAUUCAUUAAACCGUGCUGGAGACCCAUUAAACUCUGCCGAAGAUUCAUUAGACGCUGCUGGAUACUCAUUAGACCCUGUUAGAGAUACAUUAUACCCUACCGAAGAUUCAUUAGAAGCUGCUGGAGAUUCAUUAGACCCUGAUGGAGCUUCAUUAGACUUUGAUGGAGAUUUAUUAGACUCAGCUGAAGAUUCAUUAGACUGUGCAAGAGAUUGUUCAGAUUCUGAUGAAGAUUCAUUAGAUUCUGAAGAAUAUCCAUUAGAUUCUGCUGAAGAUUCAUUAGAUCCCGAUGAGGAUUCAUUAGACCCUGAUGGAGCUUCUUUAGACUUUGAUGGAGAUUUAUUAGAAUCUGCUGAAGAUUCAUUAGCCUGUGCAAGAGAUUGUUCAGAUUCUGAUGAAGAUUCAUUAGAUUCUGAAGAAUAUCCAUUAGACUCUGCUGAAGAUUCAUUAGAUCCCGAUGAGGAUUCAUUAGACCCUGAUAGAGCUUCUUUAGACUUUGAUGGAGAUUUAUUAGAAUCAGCUGAGGAUUCAUUAGCCUGUGCAAGAGAUUGUUCAGAUUCUGAUGAAGAUUCAUUAGAUUCUGAAGAAUAUCCAUUAGACUCUGCUGAAGAUUCAUUAGAUCCCGAUGAAGAUUCAUUAGACCCUGAUGGAGCUUCAUUAGAUUUCGAUGGAGAUUUAUUAGACUCCACUGAAGGUGCAGUAGACUCUGCCGGACAUCCAUUAGACUCUGAUGGAGAUUUAUUAAACUCUGCUAGAAACUCAUUACACUCUGCUAGAGAUUCAUUGGAGUCUGCUGGAGAUGUAUUCGACUCUGAUGGAGAUUUAUUAGACUCUGCUAGAAAUUCAUUACACUUUGCUAAAGAUCCAUUAGACUCUACUGGACAUCCAUUAGACUCUGAUAGAGAUUUAUUAUACUCCGCUAGAAAUUCAUUACACUUUGCUACAGAUUCAUUAGACUCUGCUAGAAAUUCAUUACACUUUGCUAGAGAUUCAUUAUACUCUGCUGGAGAUUCAUUAGACUCUGCUGAAGAUUCAUUAGAUUCCGAUGAAGAUUCAUUAGGCCCUGAUGAAGGCUCAAUAGAUUUUGAUGGAGAUUUAUUAAACUCAGCUGAAGAUGCAGUGGACUCUGCUGGACAUCCAUUAGGCUCUGAUGGAGAUUUAUUAGACUCGGCUAGAAAUUCAUUACACUUAGCUAGAGAUUCAUUAGACUAUGCAGGAGCUUCAUUUGGCGCUGAUGCAGAUUUAUUAGACUCUGCUACAGAUUCAUUAGACUCUGCUAGAGAUUCAUUAGACUCUCCUGGAGAUUCAUUAGAAUCUGAUAGAUAUUUAUUAGACCCUGCUAGAAAUCCAUUCUACUUUGCUACAGAUUCAUUAGACUCUGCUGAAGAUUCAUUAUACUCUGUUAAAAAUUCUUUACGCUAUGCUAGAAAUUCAUUAGACUCUUAUUCAGAUUCAUGUGACUCUGAUUCAGAUUCAUGUGACUCUGAUUCAGAUUCAUGUGGCUCUGAUUCAGAUUCAUUUGCCUCUGAUUCGGGUUCAAUAGAUUCUUCCGAAUCACUCUCUCUUGAUGGCAGAUAUGAAAUGAAUUAAAACUUAGAGAAGACAAUUGUAAAUCAAAAUAUUGACUUUAAAUAUAAAUAUAAUAUUCUUA